UUCAUCUUCCUCGCAUAAAAACAAAAAAAAAAAAAUAGAAGGAGAGAGAAUUUAUAUAUUUUUUAAUUAUUAUUUUAUAAAUGGAGGAAUACGUAAUUAGGAUUGUAGUGGUGGGAGUCAUGUCAUGGUCGUUGAUUUUCAUGAUCACGAGGAGAACAUUCGCUAGCUAUUCAUUCGAAUUCAGCAACCGCUUGGUCUCGACGCUUCAUGCGACAGUUGCCGUCAUUUUGGCAUCUCUCUCUGUUCAACAUUGGUCUUGUCCUGUCUGCCCCGUGGCUUCGUACUCAUCUCCUCAACAGAUGAAGACGCUGGCGUUUUCAAUGUCGUAUAUGAUGUACGAUCUCGUAUGCUGCCAUUUCGACAAAGGAGUUGGCCUUGACAACGCAAUCCACCAUCUGGUCAGUAUCGUUGGCUUUGGAGCUGGACUUGCCUACCAAAGGUGUGGAUCAGAGAUGGUGGCUGCUUUAUGGAUAACAGAGAUAUCAAGUCCUUUUCUCCAUCUAAGGGAGCUUCUCAAAGAGAUUGGUUUCAGAGACACCGACCUCAAUCUUGCUGCUGAUAUAUGUUUUGCAACAUUCUUCACGUUGGGGAGAAUGGUGGGUGGGCCUUAUCUCGCUUACGUCACUCUAUCUGCUCCAAAUCCCUUCCUCAUCAAGGUAAUGGGAUUGGGAUUACAACUGGUGAGUGCGUUUUGGUUCUACAAAAUCAUAAGGAUGAUGAGAUACAAAUUGAAGAAGAGAUCAUCAUCCUCCGACAAGAAAUUUAGUUGAUUAGGUUUUUGUCCGAACCAUAACUUCCUUUUGGAGCAAACUUUAGUAAUAGGCAUAAUAAGAAUAGCAAGCUUAACGGUUGGCAUCUGACUUUAAUGGAGUUCUUGACAUAGAACUUCUUCUAAUUUUCAUAUAUUCUAAUUUAGGCUAUUAUAUUA